AUGGUCGAUGCAGACAGCAAACCCACUGCUGAACACGAUGAAGUCCAGUCCGAUCCUCCCCGUCCUCAGGGCAAGAUAUCUGUACUAGGAGAUAUCAAGCGAUCCCCAAAGGUGGCAGGAUACUGUCUCGCCCUUACGUCUGGCAUCAUCCUCUACGGCUAUGACUUGGCCGUUGUAUCCAAUGUCUCGUCUAUGCCCGAGUUCCAGCGCGACUUCGGUCGCAAGCUCAAUGGCCAGUUGAUCAUUCCAUCUCUCUGGCUGGGUCUGUGGAAUGUCGCGAGUCCCAUCGGAGGCAUAUUCGGUGCCAUCUUCGGCGGUUACGUGCAGGACCGCCUCGGUCGACGUUCCUGUCUAGCGGCCGCAAGCAUCAUCUCGGCAAUAGGUGUCGCGAUCGCCUAUGUAUCCAACCUGCCCGUCGGGAUCGAUGGUCGACGGGCGGUUUUCUUCGUAGCCAAACUAUCCCAGGGCUAUGCUAUCAACAUGUUAAUGUGCACAGUGCAGACAUACAUGUCCGAAGUCCUGACUCCCACGCUGCGAGGCCCGAUCCUGGCCUUCUUCCCUCUUUUCACUUUACUGGGCCAACUAAUCGGUAGCAUCGUCGUCUUCACCUCCCUAAAGGAGAAAGGCUCAGGUGGUUACCUGAAGUGUUUCAUCUCACAAUGGCCGUUCUCGGCCCUCCCUCUUCUCGUCUCCAUUAUCCUCCCGGAGAGCCCAACAUGGCUCAUCCGUAAGAAUAGAAUGGAUGCAGCGCGGAAAUCCCAACGCCGACUGGACUCGCCGAGAGUAGAUUCAGACGCAGCCAUAGAGAAACUGUGCUCCUCCAUCCGGCAUGAAGAUGAACAGGCGCAGAACCACGCCGCCAGCUACCUUGAGUGCUUCAGAGGCAACAAUCUUCGCCGGACAAUGAUUGUCCUAUUCGCCAAUGUGAUCUCACAGCUCUUCGGCCUAACUCUCAUGUCCAAAUCCAGCUAUUUUCUACAAAUUGUCGGCAUGGGGGCGACCAAUAGUCUUCUGUUCCUAGAGGUUGGGAUUGCACUUGGUCUGGUCGCCAAUAUAAUCAGUAUGUGGACACUAUCUCGGUUCAAUCGGGUGCCACUUAUCAUGAUUGGAUUGGGUAUCACCACUCUCCUAUGGACUGGCAUGGGGAUCCUAGGCUGUUUCCAGGGCGUAGUGACCAUUUGGUGGUCCGCAGUCACAAUGAUGCUAGUCAUCACCGUUUGCGGCGCAACAGCUUGGCCAGCAUCCUAUGCCGUUGGCGCCGAAGCAUCUUCGCUCCGUCUGCGUGCUAAAUCACAGGGCUUGGGAUGGGUGGUCAACGGGUUAUCGAAUGGGGUCUUUGGUCUCGUAUUACCAUACAUCUUCAACCCGGAUCAGGGUAAUCUGCGUGCCAAAACAGGCUUCGUGUAUACCGGCUUCUGUCUAUUGGGGUUGGUGGCAGCGUGGUAUGUCGUGCCCGAAAUGAAAGAUCGGACACCUAUGGAAAUCGAUCGGAUGUUCGAAAUGCACCUCCCUGCGCGGAAGUUCAAGACGCAGACGUUCAAUGAUGAGAAUGCAGGAGCUUCUCCCAAGCAUCGGCCCACAACUCCUGUGUAG